GUUGACAGCUUCUUCCUGCUCGCGUGGGGGCGGGAUAUCACUGCCGAGCCAAUCAGUAGCCGAGUUUGUUGUGUAGGCAACAGCGACUCCUGGGUUGCCAGCAUACCAGUAAAAACCCCUUUAGGUGGUUUUGAUUUAUUUUGCAUAUUUAUAUAAAAACGAAUCGACAACAAAGAUAAGUUUUUGUUAUUGUGUUUAAAACAAAUAUUUAAAUUUCACGUUAUUAUUAAUUCGUCGUUUUUGCCCAUUUUUGUUUUUUUUUUAGAGGUUAGUAACCACAGCGGGAUUUGUCCCAAACAGCACGUUUUUUUUUCUCGUCAAACAAACAGGAAGUAGGCCAAGGGGUGUUGAGAAAGUGGAAAACAGACAACGCUGGAUAGCAGCUAAAGUUCAGAUUCAGAAAGAGUUGGCGAUUCAGUGAUUUAGGAAAGAGGUAACAGUUCUCAAACAGCACGACCAACAUGAGCGGCAAGCAGGGAGUCAGUUUUGACCCAAGAGAGCACCAGCACCUGCGUUAUAACCCUCUGCGGGACAGCUGGGUCCUGGUGUCGGCCCACCGCAUGAAGAGACCCUGGGCAGGUCAGGUAGAAAAACCUCCUGAGGAACAUAUUCCCAGAUAUGACCCCCGCAACCCACUCUGUCCUGGGAACACGCGUGCAAAUGGAGAGGCAAAUCCAGACUAUGACAGCACUUUUGUUUUUGAAAAUGACUUUCCUGCUCUUCAGCCAGAUGCUCCAGAUCCAGGUUCAAAUCAACACCCCUUGUUCCAGUCUAAAGCUGCCAGGGGCGUCUGCAAGGUCAUGUGUUUCCACCCCUGGUCUGACGUCACCCUCCCUCUCAUGAAAAAAGAAGAGGUUGUCAAGGUGAUUGACAAGUGGACCGAGCUUGUUGAAGAACUAGGCCGUACCUACCCCUGGGUUCAGAUAUUUGAGAAUAAAGGAGCCAUGAUGGGUUGUUCAAAUCCACAUCCUCACUGUCAGGUGUGGGCCAGCAACUUCCUGCCGAAUGAGCCGGCUCUGUCAGACCGCUGUCAGAGAGCGUACUAUGAGAAACAUGGAGAGCCGCUGCUGCUGCAGUACGCCAAACAAGAGGCUGAGAAAAAGGAGCGUGUGGUGGUGGAGAAUUCUGAUUGGCUGGCGGUGGUUCCAUAUUGGGCAACGUGGCCCUACCAGACGCUGCUGUUACCACGACGACACAUCCUCAGAAUCAGCGACCUGACAACAGAUGAGAGGGAGGGUCUGGCUGACAUUAUGAAGCGACUGCUGACCAAGUAUGACAAUCUGUUCGAAGUCUCUUUCCCCUACUCCAUGGGCUGGCACGGAGCCCCUACUGGCCCCUAUUUGAAGGAAGACAAUUCCCAUUGGCAGCUCCAUGCUCACUACUACCCCCCUCUGCUGCGUUCAGCUUCAGUUAAGAAGUUUAUGGUCGGGUAUGAGAUGCUUGCCCAGGAGCAGAGAGACCUGACUCCUGAACAGGCUGCGGAGAAGCUAAGAAAGCUGCCGGAAGAGCACUAUAAAACCAAAGAGAGCCAGGGAAAGGGAGGAGGAAGCGAUAAAGAAGAUGGAGGAAAAUAGAAGUGAAACAACUUGUGUGAUCGGUAGAAGAGAGGAGGAAAUUCACAAAUGGGAACUCAGCUUUAUUUUACUCACAGUAUACUUUUAGGAAAUGUGCUGUUGAUGUGUUGCUUUUGUUUUAGAAGUACUGUAAAAAAAAAAAAAAAAGAGGCGUGUUAAAGUGCCUUUGCCAACACA